AUGCCGGGGCCGGGAGGCGGGCAGGCGGAGAUCAGCGGCAGCCGGCAGGCGCGGAGCGAGCGGGGCGGCCCCAGCCGCGGGCGCAGCCAGCUCGGCCCCGGAGAGCGGCCUCGGCUCCGCCCCCUCGCGCUGCCCCGGCCGCGCCGCCGCCGGGCGUGGGCCGCUUCGGGAGAGCCUCCCCGGCUCCGGCGGCGCGUUCCGGGCGCCCUCGGGCAGGGCGCGGGGGCAGCGCCUCGCUCGGGCGUCGGAGGCUGCGGGACAGCACCUCCGGAUGCGGAAGCCAUGGAGCUGAACUGCAGUGAAGUACCUCUUUAUGGGCAGAUGACGGUCUAUGCGAAGUUUGGCAAAAAUGUUUAUCUUCCUAAAGAUGCCGAGUUUUACUUCAUUUAUAACGGAUCUCAUCAGAGACACAUCGUGAUUGCAGAGCGCACGGAGGAUAACGUUCUCCAAUCCAGCGUUCCAGGCCACAGGCUUCAGGAGACGGUGACGGUGUCUGUGUGCCUCUGCUCGGAAGGUUACUCCCCUGUGACCAUGGGCUCUGACUCCGUGACCUAUGUGGACAACAUGGCCUGCAGGCUGGCUCGUUUGCUGGUCACCCAAGCCGAUCGCCUCACAGUCAGUAGCCACCAGACCUUGCUGACCCCAUUUGCCCUGACGGCGGGAGCAUUGCCUGCUCUGGACGAGGAGCUCGUGCUGGCUCUGACCCAUCUGGAGUUGCCUCUUGGGUGGACUGUCCUGGGAAAUUCUUCACUUGAAGUUUCUCUACAUAGAGAGUCUCUCCUGCACCUGGCUGUGAGAUGGGGCCUUGCUAAGCUUUCCCAGUUCCUCCUGUGUCUCCCUGGAGGAGUCCAGGCCUUGGCUUUACCCAACGAGGAGGGUGCCACGCCAUUAGACUUAGCUUUACAUGGUGGAUGCUCCAAGCUGUUUGAAGACAUCACAAACUUCCAGGGCAGACGUUCCCCAGGUUUCUCCCGAGUGCAGCUCAGCGAAGAUGCCUCCCUGCGGUAUAUUCACUCAUCAGAAACACUGACCCUGACGCUUAAUCACACAGCCGAGCAUUUGUUGGAGGCGGAUAUUAAACUCUUUAGGAAAUACUUUUGGGAUAGAGCCUUUCUCCUCAAGGCUCUUGAAGAGCAAGAAGCCAGGUCAGAGGAAAAAUCAGAUAUGCCCUCCAGCACUGCAGAAACCGAAGAAGAGAUUAAGAAUUCGGUGUCCAGCAGAUCAUCGCCUGGAGAGGAGAAUGUAAAGCGUGUGAAAAGCCCAGUGGUUCAACUGAAUGAACAUGAAGACCAGGACAGUCUAUAUUUGGAUCAUUCCUUUGAUGUCCUCAAAAAAUCCAAGCAUCCCCCAACGUUCCUUGCUGCUGGCCGGCUUUCUGACAUGCUGAAUGGCGGUGAUGAAGUCUAUGCUAACUGCAUGGUGAUAGAUCAGGUUGGUGAUUUGGAUAUUAACUAUAUUAAUAUAGAGGGAAUCACUGAAAACACUUGCCUUGAAUCCAUGGGCUCUACUCUGGGGCCUCAGAACAGCAAGCCCAUCCUUCCUACUGAGACCAGCGCUGGCACGUACCCCCCAAAUGAGAACACAGAAGUCCCAUCACACACCGAAACCCAGCCGUCUUUGAUGUCACCAUCUAGUUCAUAUGCUUCCAGUUUGAAUCUUUCUUUUGGUCUUCAUGGAUUUGAAAAGGAACAAAGUCAUCUAAAGAAAAGAAGUUCCAGCCUUGAUGCCCUGGAUGCUGACAGUGAAGGAGAGGGGCAUUCCGAGCGGUCGCGCAUUUGCUACACUCCAGUGUCUCAGAGUUCCUCGAGAACUGGCAUUCCUAGCGGGGAUGAAUUGGACUCUUUUGAGACCAACGCUGAACCAGAUUUUAAUAUCUCCAGGACUGAAUCACUUUCUUUAUCAAGUAGCCUGCAGCUGAAGGAAUCAUUGUUUUCUGGAGUCCGCUCACGUUCUUAUUCCUGCUCAUCACCCAAAAUUUCUUUAGGAAAAACUCGAUUGAUCCGUGACUUUACAGUGUGCAAUUCAGCUGAAGAGCAAAGAGCUUACAGCUUACCGGAGCCACCAAGAGAAAAAAGAAUUCAGGAAGAAGAAUGGGAUAAAUACAUCAUACCUGCCAAAUCAGAGUCUGAAAAGUACAAAGUGAGCCGAACUUUCAGCUUCCUCAUGAACAGGAUGACCAGCCCUCGGAAUAAAUCUAAGACAAAAGGCAAGGAUGCCAAAGACAAAGAGAAACUGAGUCGACAUCAGUUUGUCCCUGGAACAUUUUCUGGGACUCUGCAGUGUGUGGUUUGUGAUAAAACGCUCCUGGGGAAAGAGUCGUUCCAGUGUUCCAACUGUAAUGCAAAUGUACAUAAGGGCUGUAAAGAUGCCGCCUCUCCGUGUACCAAGAAAUUCCAAGUGAAAUAUAAUAAGAACAAACCGCAGACCAUCCUUGGAAAUUCUUCAUUUAGAGACGUCCCACCGCCUGGGCUCUCCUUGCACCCUUCCUCCUCCAUGCCUGUUGGGUUGCCGACGGGGAGGAAGGAAGCAGCAGGGCAAGUCCAUCCAUUGUCCAGAAGCGUUCCAGGCAUCACCUUGGAAAGCUUCAGGAGGUCAGGGGCAUCCUUGGAGUCCGAAAGUGACGGGAGCACCUGGAAAAGCAGGUCUCAGUCUGAUGAGCUGUUCCAGCCCAUGGGUUCACCUCCCUCCACGGACUCCUUCUUAAUGGAAGAUGUCGUGGAUUCGUCUCUGUGGAGUGACCUCAGCAGUGAUGCCCAGGGGUUUGAAGCAGAAUCUUGGAGUCUGGUGGUGGACCCCUCAUUUUGUAGUAGGCAGGAGAAGGAUGUCAUCAAAAGACAGGAUGUCAUUUUUGAGCUAAUGCAGACAGAAAUGCAUCACAUCCAGACCCUGUUCAUCAUGUCCGAGAUCUUCAGGAAAGGGAUGAAGGAGGAGCUGCAGCUUGACCACAGCACUGUGGAUAAAAUCUUCCCCUGUUUAGAUGAGUUACUUGAAAUCCACAGGCAUUUCUUCUAUAGUAUGAAGGAGCGAAGGCAAGAAUCCUGUAUUGGCAACGACAGGAAUUUCGUCAUCAACCGAAUCGGAGAUAUUCUAGUACAACAGUUUUCAGAAGAAAAUGCAAAUAAAAUGAAGAAAAUAUAUGGGGAAUUCUGUAGCCAUCACAAGGAGGCUGUUAGCCUCUUUAAAGAACUCCAGCAGAAUAAAAAGUUUCAGAAUUUUAUCAAGCUCCGAAAUAGUAAUCUUUUGGCUCGACGCCGAGGAAUUCCAGAAUGCAUCCUGCUGGUCACUCAGCGCAUCACAAAAUACCCUGUCUUGGUGGAAAGGAUAUUGCAGUACACAAAGGAGAACACUGAAGAACAGAAGGACUUAUGCAAAGCUCUUUGCUUAAUUAAAGACAUGAUUGCAGCUGUGGAUUUAAAAGUCAGCGAAUAUGAGAAGAAACAAAAAUGGCUUGAGAUCCUAAAUAAGAUUGAAAACAAAACAUAUACCAAGCUUAAAAAUGGCCACGUGUUUAGGAAACAGGCACUGAUGAGUAAAGAAAGGACCCUGUUAUACGAUGGCCUUGUUUAUUGGAAAACCGCUACGGGUCGUUUCAAAGAUAUCCUAGCUCUGCUUCUAACUGAUGUGCUGCUCUUUUUACAAGAGAAAGACCAGAAGUACAUCUUUGCAGCUGUUGAUCAGAAGCCAUCAGUCAUUUCCCUUCAGAAGCUCAUUGCUAGGGAAGUUGCGAAUGAGGAGAGAGGAAUGUUUCUGAUCAGUGCUUCAUCUGCUGGUCCUGAGAUGUAUGAAAUUCAUACCAACUCCAAGGAGGAACGGAAUACCUGGAUGAGGCGGAUCCAACAGGCAGUAGAAAGUUGCCCAGAAGAAGAAGGGGGAAGGACAAGUGAGUCUGACGAAGAGAGGCGGAAAGCUGAAGCCAGAGUGGCCAAAAUUCAGCAAUGUCAAGAAAUACUCAGUAACCAAGACCAACAAAUUUGCACAUAUUUGGAAGAGAAGCUGCAUAUCUAUGCUGAACUUGGAGAGCUGAGUGGAUUUGAGGAUGUCCAUCUAGAGCCCCACCUCCUCAUUAAACCAGACCCCGGAGAGCCUCCCCAGGCAGCCUCAUUACUGGCAGCAGCGCUGAAAGAAGCCGAGAGCCUGCAAGUUGCAGUGAAGGCCUCCCAGACGAGCGAUGUGUGUCAGUCACCCAAGGAAGGUUGUGGAGAACCUGCUUUGCAGGAUGUGUUCAGUUCUCGGGACGCACCUGGAUCGCCUACUGCUUCACUAGUCACAGAAGGGACAGGAGGAAGAGGCUGUUGGGAUGUGGAUCCUGGGACCCAGGGUGUGGGAACCGACCUGGCGGUCUCUGAUGCCGGGGAGAAGGUGGAAUAUAGAAGUUUCCCAAGUUCUUCACAGUCAGAGAUUAUACAAGCGAUACAGAAUUUAACCCGUCUCUUAUAUAGCCUUCAGGCCGCCUUGACCGUUCAGGAUAGCCACAUUGAGGUGCACAGGCUGGCUCUCCAGCAGCAGGAGGGCCUGUCCCCCGGCCCCUCUUUCCGAGGCAGCCCCUUUCAGGACGAGGAGAAGCGCCGAAGCCUGGAGAAGCGGCGGGAGGAGCUGGCCAACCUCCACGAGCUGCAGCAGCAGUUCCAGCAGGACCGGCAGCGCUGGCACCGCAGGUGCGACCAGCAGCAGCGAGAGCAGGAGGCCAAGGCCAGCCGGCUGCAGGAGCGCGAGAGGGAGUGCCGGCUGCAGGAGGAGCUGCUGCUGAGCAGCCGGGGGCAGCUGGACCAGCAGCGCCAGGAGUACCAGCAGAGCCUGGAGCGGCUGCGGGAGGGCCAGCGCCUGGUGGAGAGGGAGAGGGAGAGGAUGCGGGCCCAGAAGAGCCUGCUGCGUGGCUGGAAGCACAGCCGGCAGAGGAGCCUUCCUGCGGCGCUGCCUGGAGGAGGCGUGGAGGUAAUGGAACUUAAUCAAUCUGAGGGUUUAUGUCAUGAAAAUUCAUUCUUCAUCAAUGAAGCUUUAGCGCAAAUGUCACUUAACACUUUGAACGAACCGACUCCAGCAGAUAUCCAUCAGGAUGCCACUUACCCCCCAAGUAUAUCUCAUUCCGAUUUGGUAAGGACUAGUGAAAAUCAAGUAGACCUCAAGAUGAACAUUUCUCAGCCCUUGGACGUCAGCCAUGAACUGUGGAUAGCCGCUGGGUCCUGUCAUCAGAUACCCCCUCUCCACCAAAGCAGCAAGGAUUCUUGUAAAAAUGAUUUGGACCUCUCUCAGACUGCAUGCCCGCCCCCCCAGGACUCAAAUCCGCAUGGCCCUCAGCUGCAAACGUUCAUAGCAGAAGCAAAGUUAAAUCUACAGAGAGUAACCAGACAAGACGGCGAAACUGGAGAUGGAGCAGAAGAAACUAUUGUUUACCUCUAAUUGUGUUGUUAUUUUUCCAAAUGAAACAAAAUACAGGCAUUUGGGGAAGAAUUUUUUUUUCCUUUCCUGAUGUGUGUGUGACUGUGUCCAAAUUGCUUUAGGAGUAAUGUUUAAUAUUUCGUGCAAGUUUAUUUUGGGGGCAUGAGUCUAAUAAUUAAAUUAUUGAAAACAACUCUGUUUGUAUCGUCAUUAACUUAUCACACCUAAUUCCAGACUCCUGGAGGAGAAAUUAACAGAAAUAUGUUCAAAGUUGUUAUGACCCUAGAGUAAAAUUCCAUAUUGUAUUUUCUACAGGAUCAUUUGUUUUUUGAAAUGCCUUUUGAGAUCUAGGUGAAGCACUUUGGAUGGAAAGAGUGAUAUAAUUGGCAAAUUUUCACAAUCACAGCAGCUGAUUAGGAGGAGUGACCUCAGGGCCCUCAAAGGCCAGGAGGAUGUGGAAAAGAACUUUUCUUAGCUACUCUUUGGGACAUCAAAGGGGUCACCCCUGGUGGUGAGCUGUCACAGUCACCAAGCAACCGAGGUACCCUAUUUGGACCCCUGUCCUAACCGGGUGGCCACUCUGCUGUGGACACAGUCUGGACUCUUGGGACCUGGGGCAGAGACUGUUCAGAUGCAACUUCGUGGUCCUAAUGCUUGUGGGCUUUGAAUUCAGUCAUAGUUCAGCGGCAUCUUUCAACACAGCCCAGAGGCACGGCCCCAGCAAGUCGGUUCGAGGUAAACUUUAGUAGCAACACUUUGCUCGGUUCGAGGUAAAGUUUAGUAGCAACACUUUGCUACCGAAGUAAGACUUUAUUAGCCCUUGCUUCUCGCAGCUGGCCCUGCCUCCUUUUGGUCCUGGGAGCACCAAAGACCACCACUCACUGGAGGGAUCGCUGCCCAGCAGUUACUGAAGGACAAAAGCUGCUCUCUCGGUGAAGCUUGUGGCCUGAAUGUGCUUUUCCACAAAGGAAAACUGGCGCAUCUUGCUUUCAAGGUACUAUGGGUCUCUGUGUGAGAAAAUAAACCAGGAAAUGUUUUCAGCUUGUUCUUCAGAAGUGUUUGUGUGUGUGU